UCCUGCUUAAUAGUGAUGGGAAGUUCAGCUCAAUUAACUGAUUAGAUUCUUUCGAACUGUCUGAUUCUAAAACCGAUUCUGAUUCAAUUUUUUUUUUCGUCUUUUUUUUGCGCCUGACCAUAUGAUUUAACGCAUCGUGGGAUCGGAUAAUAAAUCUGUCUCAAGGUUACGUUAUUUGACUGAAAGAUAGCGCUGGCGUUCAACUAAAAAUGUUCCUUGACAAUGUGAUAUCCUGAUCUCCUCCCUGUGUGAGUAUGUGUUUCACCCAACCCCACAUCUGCACCAGUGCUCACCUUUCUUUUCGUCCCCAGGACAGAUUAUUCAGCUUUUUAAACCCUGCGUUAGGGUUGGGCGAUAAAUCGAUUUUAUCGAUUAAUUCGAAUUUUCAGUGGAAAUCAAUUUGUCUUAGUAAAAAUCCGAUUUUUUUUUUGUUAACGUUCUUAUAUGCACCGUCACUCUCCUCUUGGCUCCCGUAGUUCAGAGUGAGCAUCCCCCUGCGCGUGUGCAUUCCCUCGCUCAUCCCCCUGCGCGGUAGAAGCAAGCAAACAUCAUGGCAGCGAUCAGGGACGGGGACGAAGUUGUUCCCAAGAAUGGCACAGUGUCUUCAGUUGUGUGGAAAUGGUUCGGAUUUGCGGCGUCAGACGAAAAACAAACAAAUCCACGUUGCAAAGUAUGUCUUAAGGCUGUUGCUGUCAAAGGUAGCAGCACAACAAAUUUGCUGCAGCACCUCAAACAGAGACACGUACGCUGCCGAAUGGGAAAAGUGCUGCUCCAUGCGAACUGAAAACAAUAGCACGCCUGCUAGAAGGCAAACCACGGUCCUGGAAACACUUACAAACUGUGUACCAUAUGACAAGAAGGGAGCACAGUGGAAAGCAGUCACAGAGGCAAUCGCCAUGUAUAUUGCAGGUGACAUGCUAUCAAUAUAUACAAUAGAGAAGAAGCACUUUAAAAACGUGAUGAAGGUUUUGGAUGCUAAAUACGUGGUGCCAAGCCGUAAAUAUUUUUCCGCGGUUGCCUUGCCCCAGCUAUACAAAACCACACGUUAAAACAUCAUUAAAGAGCAGGAAAAUAUGCAGUUUUUUUCAGCCACUACAGAUCUCUGGUCCAGCAGAACAAUGCAGCCCUAUUUGAGCUUAACGGUACAUUUUAUCAACGAUGACUGGGCACUGAGAAGCAUAUGCCUACAAACGGCGUAUUUUCCCGAUGACCAUACAGGAGACUUAAUUGCUCAAGGCUUAAAAGACUCCCUUAGCGCCUGGAACCUUGCUGAAGACAGACUCGUCUGUAUGACGACAGACAGCGGCACAGAUAUGAUAAAAGCAUUGAGUAACAACAAGUGGCCCAACCUCCAGUGUUUUGGACACAGACUACACAACGCUAUAGAGAAUGGUGUGAAGGACCCACGAAUUGACCGCGCCAUUGGGGUUUGCAAAAUGGCUGUGUGUGCAUUUUCGUACAGCUGGAAGAAAAGAAGGGACAUGUCUGAAGCACAAGCUGAGCUUGGUCUGCCUCCACAUCAGCUGAUAACAGAGACCCCAACCAGAUGGGGUUCACGGCAAAAAAUGAUAGAGAGAUUUCUCGAACGGGAGAAAGCCAUAGUCCGUGUCCUGGGUGCAGACAAGAAAAGUCGGUUUCUUGUUCCCACGUGCCAAGAUCUGGAAGUUUUAGAGGCUGUAAAUAAAGCUGUCAAGCCACUCCAAGACUUUACAGAUGCACUCUCAGCAGAAGCAUAUGUUAGUGUUUCAUGCGUUAAACCAGUGCUGCAUGUAUUCAAGAACAGACUCCUACAGCCAGAAGACAAUGAUGCGGACCUCACCAAAACUGUAAAAAAAAACAUAAUACAAUAUCGUGACGACAAAUACAGUGACCCAGUCAGAGAUGAACUCUUGGACAUGUCCACACUUUUAGACCCAAGGUUCCGCACUACAUAUAUGGACACAGAGGAUGUUGAAAAAAUAAAAAAGAGAGCUGUCACUGAGGUCAUGUCACUACUCGAGACCACAUCAAAGCAGCCUGGUCCAGUUGUGCGAGAAGAAGCUGAAGCAGAGACUCCACCUAAGAAGAAAAUGACUUUAGCUGUCUUCUUCAAAAAGAAUGCACCUGUGUCCUCUCCCCAGCAGUCAGAGCUCAGGAAAGUAGAGAGUGAACUGACCACUUACUUACUGUGCCCCGAGGUGGACGCAGAUGAGAAUCCACUUGAUUGGUGGAAGCUCCACCGACCAAACUUUCCAAGGCUAAGUAAACUAGCAAAGAAAAACCUCUCCAUCCCAGCUACAAGUACUCCUUCAGAGAGGGUUUUCAGCGUGGGUGGGGGGAUUGUCACAUGCCAACGAGCAUGCCUCAAACCAGAGGUAGUAGACAGACUUGUCUUCCUUGCAAAAAAUAUUUAGAAACAUUUUUAAUAAAAACAGCAUACAAGCACCUUAUGCACUAAUGUUUGAUGUUCAUGAUGCAAACAGUUAAAAUAUUUACUUUGUUUUCAUACAUAUUCAGGGAAUAAAAAAGUGACCCAGAUCUUUAGUGCAUCUCAGGCACUUAUGCAACAUGUUAAGCUUUUGUUUGCACAUGUAUUUAAAAAUCAUGUUAAAACAAUAAAGUUCAAGUUGUUUUGGACAAA